GAACCAAGACCAGAACCAGAACCAAGACCAGAACCAAGACCAGAACCAGAACCAAGACCAGAACCAGAACCAAGACCAGAACCAAGACGAAGACCAGAAUCAGAACUAGAACCAAGACCAAGACCAGAACCAGAACCAAGACCAGAACCAGAACCAAGACCAGAACCAAGACCAAGACCAGAACCAGAACCAAGACCAGAACCAGAACCAGAACCAAGACCAGAACCAGAAUUAAGACCAAGACCAGAACCAGAACCAGAACCAGAACCAGAACCAAGACCAAGGCCAGAACCAGAACCAAGACCAGAACCAGAACCAAGACCAGAACCAGAACCAAGACCAGAACCAGAACCAGAACCAAGACCAGAACCAGAACCAAGACAAAGACCAAGACCAGAACCAGAACCAAUACCAGAACGAGAACCAAGACCAGUACCAGAGCCAGAACCAGAACCAAGACCAGAACCAGAACCAAGACCAAGAUCAAGACCAGAACCAGAACCAAGACCAGAACCAGAACCAGAACCAAGACCAAGACUAGAACCAGAACCAAGACCAGAACCAGAACCAGAACCAGAUCCAAGACCAGAACCAGAACCAAGACCAGAACCAGAACCAGAACCAAGACCAGAACCAGAACCAGAACCAAGACCAAGACCAAGACCAGAACCAGAACCAAGACCAAGACCAGAACCAGAACCAAGAUCAAGACCAGAACCAGAACCAAGACCAGAACCAAGACCAGAACCAGAACCAGAACCAAGACCAGAACCAGAACCAAGACCAAGACCAAGACCAGAACCAGAACCAAGACCAGAACCAGAAUUAAGACCAAGACCAGAACCAGAACCAGAACCAAGACCAAGACCAAGGCCAGAACCAGAACCAGAACCAAGACCAGAACCAGAACCAGAACCAAGACCAGAACCAGAACCAAGACCAGAACCAGAACCAAGACCAGAACCAGAACCAAGACCAAGACCAGAACCAGAACCAAGACGAAGACCAGAAUCAGAACUAGAACCAAGACCAAUACCAGAACCAGAACAAAGACCAGAACCAGAACCAAGACCAGAACCAGAACCAAGACCAGAACCAAGACCAAGACCAGAACCAGAACAAAGAACAGAACCAGAACCAAGACCAGAACCAGAACCAAGACCAGAACCAAGACCAAGACCAGAACCAGAACCAAGACCAAGACCAAGGCCAGAACCAGAACCAAGACCAGAACCA